AUGUCGUCCCUCAAAAAGUUUAUUCCGUUCUCGUCUUCUUCCGCCACUAAACCAGACUCUGAAAAAGCGCUGAAGGCUCGGAUCAAGAUGCUCGAAUCGCAAGUGAAGAAAGUGAAGGACCAGAGACAGGAGGAGCACAACAAGUUUGAGAAGAAUAUGGCCGAAAUCGAGAAGAAGCAUGAACACGAGCUCGUCAAAGUCCAGAACAAAGCGAUAAAGUCCGGAAAGCUCCGGAUUAUUGAUGAACUGACUGAGGAUAUGGUGCGCUUGAGCUUUGAAGCGGAGCGCUACGACAACCUCGCGUUCUCCCUCAACUGGGGAUCAAUACAGGCUUAUUACUCCGUCAUGACGGCCAAGUCCAAGUGCAUCUCUCUGAAGCAGACAAACGCUCAGAUUCCGGACCCGACGUGCGCUGUUUGUGGACAAAAGUUCACGGAGGACGGUCCCAGAACUCCGAGGCUCCUCGGUGAGUUUUUAUAGUCUUUUUUGGCUCUCAAGCAUUUUCACAGAUCUUUCAAACAAUUCAGUCUAUUUCCAGAGUGUGGCAACACCGUCUGCGAGGAUUGUCUCGUCGCCCGCUGGGAGCACAGCCACUCCUGUCCCCAGUGCAACGGACCCAGCGGAGUGGACAAUCCGGCCGAUCUGAAGAAGAACUACGUGCUGGUCGGCAUGCUCCGCGAGUAG